AUGCCUUCUCUCUCUGUCGCUAGAAGCUCUGUCGCCGCCUUCCAGCCGGGCUAUGUUCCCGUUGCCGUCUUCGUGGGGGGGACAUCGGGCGUCGGGCAGGCCAUGGCGGAGGCUCUCGUGCUCCAACUCAAAGGCCGCGUCCACAUCGUACUCAUUGGGCGGAAUGAGGGCGCCGCGAGGAGGAUUCUGGACGGGUUUCCGAAGCCAACUACGGGAGACGGCUGGAAGCACGAGUUUGUGCGAUGCAAUGUGGAGAGCAUGAAGAGCGCAAGGGCGGUGUGCCACGAGCUCAAGGGGAGAUUGGCUGCCCUCAACUUCUUGGUUGUCACUGCUGGGGGGCCAAGGGCAAACUCGCUCACCGAGGCAGGUGUUACGGAGGAGGGUCUGGACGACCAUUUGGCAACGAGAUAUUUUGCUCGCUACUUAUUCACGAAGGAGCUACUCCCUCUUCUCAAAACCGCCGAGGCCACGGGUCAGCACGCCCAUGUUAUGACGGUGCUCGGGGCUGGCUUCGGCUUCGGGAUUGCGCGGGACGAUCUCAUGCUUGACCAAGCUCGGAAAGCGUCCUGGGCCUUCUUGCAUGGUCUCACCAUAAAAAUUGCCGCGAUGAAAGCUAUGAUGCGCGGGGUGACCUACAACGACGGCCUCGUUGCACACUUCGCCUCCGCCAACCCAUCCAUCGCGUUCACGCACAUCAUGCCGGGCCAAGUGUGGACGGAGGGGGCACAGUAUGUCGACCUCGGCUGGGCGCUUUACCCGCUCGCCGUGCUCCUCAACGGCCUGCGCCGGACACUCAUGGUGAUUCCCCAGGAGGACUGCGCGCAAUACAUGCUGCACGCCCUGCUCUCUCCCGAGAACGAUCGCGGAGGGGUGUUCAUUCGCGGCGACCACGGGGACGUCAUCGGCGCGCACGUUUUCCCGCCACACGUCCACAAUACAUGGGCGGAGGGAGAUUCACGGACAGGUUAUCUUCAUGGCGUGAGGAUCAAGGGGUAUGGCGGAGCGGACGCGACGGUGGUCAAGCUUAUUCGUUGGACAGAAGAGGUGCUGUCGGGGAUUGAAUGA